AUGUGCCCUUCAAAUAAAAUCGACAUUCAAAACUCUCUAAGACGAAUUUCAAACUUCCUAAAAAGGGGGUUUUCGUGGUCACUCUCGGGAGGUAUUCUUUUUGUAUUAAAAAAAAUGGCAACGAGUAUAACUUGGAAGCAUUUACAUUAUCUCGUCGUGGCAAAUUUCUCCCUUAUAUACUUUUUGAUUAAAGAAGAAAGAAGAAAAAGGGAAAACAAAUUGAAGUUAAAAAAAUUAUUGCUUGAAAUGCGAUGGUUUUGUUCUCAUAGAAAAAAAAAAAGUUACAUCAAUUACAUAGCUACCAAGUGA